AUGUCACCCUUGAGAAAGCGUGUUGUCUCACAGCCAACCUUGCAGCCAAUCUCACCGCUGGUUUCGCCGCAAACCUCACAACCAGUUUCACAACCAGAUUCUUUACCUCCACCAUCGCAAUCGAGCUCUUCUGCAGCGGCCCUCAAUCAUGCAACAUCAGCCAAAUCAGCGGCAGCGCUUCAAACCAGAAUUGAAGAAGCUUUUCAGAGAAUGGAGCAGGCAAACAAAGCCCUAUCGGAACCCCUAACCCAAAGCUCUUGCGACAAGCUCUGUCGAAAGAUAAAGCGCCUAUUUCGAAAUUUCUUUGAUCCAUCAGCCCGUCGAUCUGCUGAUUUAGCUUCGAAUAUUCAUAACGAUGAACAGCACUUAGCAAUAGUAUUGCGAAGACGGACGUCUGAAGGUAUCAACCUAACUUAUCCGAAAGUCCAGACCUUGACUGGAGAUGGCAAAAUUCCUCGAAAACCCAGUCCUUUUCAGUUGGAACUGACGGCAGAAUUGAUCAUGGAGAAGAAUAAUCGUCGUCGAUCGGCAAUCGGUUCGAGAGAUUAUGGCUGCUUCCUCAGUACCGGCGAAUUAGAUGAGACUCCCGACGAAACAGACGAACUGAUUUAUAACAAUAGCCAGUCUGAGCGUGAUCAAGCUCACAUUGAAGGUCUGCUUUCUGAACUAUCCUCCGAGCUGCCACAGUCAAUAACAAGCCCGUUUCCCAUUGAAACAGACAUCCAAGGAAACUGGGUUUCGCAUGGAGGUCCAAGCACAGAACCACAACCAAGGAGACUUUCCAACUUUUUUGAGAAUUUUCGUCCAAGCUCUCCCAUGAGCCAAGCUUCCUCAAGACCUAGAACGCCAGCCAGCCUUAAGGGGAAGCAAAGGGCAGAAGGAAGCCCUGUUCCAUCAAUCUCAGAGAGCCCUCCUUCUCUGGAACGGCAGCGGCCUGCCUCACCAUAUCGCCUAGGCCGAAUCCGCCAGGAAGGACGUGCAGACUUUAACAAGUUUGCUUGA